UUCUCAGCAGAAUCCAUUGUUUUUAAACAUGUUUUGAUCUGUUUUUUUAAUGAAUGAUUAGAUCGAGAAAUAGAAGCAUUGUUUAACGAUUGUUCGACCAGAUUUUGUAAGCUUCAGUUUCCUGUUUUGUUUUUUCUUCUGAUCUGAGUUCUUGCAUUUUUUUUAUCAAUGGAAGAAGGUGAUAGAUUCAAGUAUGUAAGUUUUGUCCGAAAAGCUUCCCUUGUGGUAGAUCUUUAGGUGGUCACAUGAGGUCUCACAUGAAUAAUUCAGCUGAAACAGACGAGAAAUUCAUCAAGAAGAAGCUUGAACCAGACAUUAAUGGCGGCUAUAUUCUAAGACAGAAACCCAAGAAGAAAUGGAGUAGAGUAUCAUUGUUUGGUCACAUGAAGUGUUAUUCAUCAGACAAUUCUGUUUUUAGAUCCGAAACCAAAAGAAGAACAAGGUACAACGAGGUUGUCCCUGCAAAUUCAUCUUCCAUGACUGAGAUCGUGCAAGAAGAACAAGAAGAGGUUGCUUUGAGCUUGAUGAUGCUUUCUAGAGGUACGGAUAAAUGGGUUGCCAUGGAUGAAACUUGUGCAAAUAGCUUGAAGAAGUUAGAAUCAAGCAAAAGAAAGUUUCAAUGCAGUGGUUGUAACAAAGAUUUUCUCUCUCACCAAGCACAGGGAGGCCACAGAGCCAGCCACAAGAGAAUCAAUGGCGGCUGUACUGAAAAUAGUACAAGAAAGCUUGUGGAGGAAGAUGAGACAAGGCAUGAAUGUCCCAUUUGUUUCAAAGUUUUCACAUCGAGACAGGCAUUGGGUGGUCACAAGAGAUCCCAUUUACUCACUGAUACAAACCCAAAAAUCCAUCAAAUCCCUGAGUUUAUUGAUCUUAAUCUGCCGACUCCUGUUGAUGAAGAUGAAACCAUGUUCAUGUGGGGCUCAACCAAUGGGGGGACUGGGCCCAUAACAAGUUGGAUGUUACUUAAAAUGCUUCAAUUUCUAAUGUUAUGAAUAGACAACCAUCUCUUGUCUUGCACUCAGUGGUUCGAGAUU